AGCAUCCCAGAUACCCGAACCAGUCCACAGUCGACCGGAGAACCCCCCAAAAAACCCCACGGCAUUUUCGUCCAGGCAUUUUCAGCCAGCCGAGCAGCCAUGGUGAAGCUGGGCAGCAAUCUGUCUGAUAAGCUGGAGAAGCAGCCGUCCGCGGACGACGGCUUUGACAACAUCCCUCUCAUCACGCCGCUGGAGGUCAACCAGCUCCAGCAGUCGUAUGCAGACAAGGUCAUCGUGAAGACAUCGACACAGUAUCAGCUGCAGCAGCAGAAGAAAAACCGGCUGUACGUUCCCAACAUAAAGAAGCUGAAUAUCAACUUCUACAGCGAUGUCUCGGAUAGAGCCAAGAUCACAGGCUUGAUCCUCAUCACUUUGGCGUUUUUGACCAGCCUGCUCCUUCUGCUCAUGUACAAAGCCAUGUGGUACGACCAGCUUAUCUGCCCUGAGGGCUUCAUUCUAAAGCAGAAGCACUGCACCUCUGCAGCCAUGGAGAUGUUUUACCCGGAUCAGCAGCAGAAGGAGCAGCAGGAGCAGGGGCCGGGCGUCCACAGCAGCACCAACGCCGGGCUCUACGCCGCUCUCAGCCACCUCAAAGAGGUCAAGAGGACUAUGCCGGAGCUGCCGUCGCCAUGGCUACCAGUCAUCAGCGCGCUGAAGGAGACCGGGGAGGCCAAAGAAGAAGGCAUCGAGGCUCUGACGGGAGUGCUGAACGAAGACAAGUGA